AUGUCAGCAGAUAUACCAUUAAAUAUUAAUAUCAAGGAGCCCCGAUGGGAUCAAAGCACUUUUGUUGGACGAGCCAAUCACUUCUUUACUGUAACAGACCCCCGGAAUAUUUUGUUAUCUGAUGCCCAGCUAGAAAACGCAAGAAAAAUUGUACAUGAUUACAGACAAGGUAUUGUGCCACCUGGCUUGACAGCAGAUGACUUGUGGAGAGCAAAAUAUAUCUAUGAUUCAGCCUUCCACCCAGACACUGGUGAAAAGAUGGUCUUGAUUGGCCGAAUGUCAGCUCAGGUACCCAUGAACAUGACUAUCACAGGUUGUAUGAUGACCUUUUAUAGAACGACACCAGCAGUGGUUUUCUGGCAGUGGAUUAACCAGUCCUUCAAUGCCAUAGUGAAUUACACAAACAGGAGCGGUGAUGCCCCAAUUACUGUCAGCCAGCUGGGAACUGCCUAUGCUUCUGCUACCACAGGUGCUGUAGCAACAGCUUUAGGACUUAACGCACUGACAAAGCAUGUCUCACCUCUCAUAGGACGGUUUGUUCCUUUUGCUGCCGUUGCUGCUGCUAAUUGCAUUAAUAUUCCACUAAUGAGACAAAGGGAACUCAAGUUUGGAAUCCCAGUCACAGAUGAGAAUGGAAACAGAUUGGGUGAAUCAACAAAAGCAGCUCAGCAGGCAAUUACCCAGGUGGUUAUAUCAAGGAUUCUUAUGGCUUCUCCUGGCAUGGCAAUUCCUCCCUUCAUAAUGAAUACAUUGGAAAAGAGAGCCUUUUUAAAGAGAUUCCCUUGGAUGAGUGCUCCCAUUCAAGUUGGAUUAGUUGGAUUCUGUCUUGUGUUUGCCACACCCCUUUGUUGUGCACUGUUUCCCCAAAAAAGUUCUAUGUCUGUAACAAGCUUGGAGCUGGAAUUGCAAGCCAAGAUCCGAGAGAACAACCCUGAACUAGAACGUGUAUACUUUAAUAAAGGAUUGUAA